AUGGAAAUGAAAUUCGUUAUUGGCAAGCACGGUGACAGGACACCCCAAAGGACGGAGCCGCAAAGAACUCACAGAGCCCUGUGGCUAACUACAUGGCCUAGUUUGAUCUUAAAGUCAUUGUCCUGGAUAAUCCUUUCAAAUCUGUUCCUGCACUUACGAGCCACUCAACACGUGACUGAGCUCCCUCUCAGGUUCUUUUACACUGACCUGUCAGAGGAGACUUUCCAAACCCAGAUAUCAUGUCAAAUCAUCCAACAGAUGUCCCUUGCAAAUGCACUGGAGCAGAACCAACUAUAUGGAGAAUUCAUAAACAAGGAGACUCACCCAAGGAUUUUCAAAGGAUUGGCAUAGCUCUUUGUACAGAGAAUUCAGUCUCUUGGGUGGAACACGAGCGAUCCAGAGGGAAUGAGCAACAGAAAAUCGACUCUUGCCCCAAAUGGGGCUUACGCUGCCUUACAUGAGAGGCAGAAGGAUAUUUUAGAGCCUAAACUCUUCAUCAUCUCAAUAAAGUAG